CGCACCCCCCUAGCCUUCUCACCUGCCCUGUCCGCCUCCAUAGUCCGAUAACACAGCUGUCGUCAAUGGACAAAUGCUGUAGCAAGUAUCAUGUUGGGGAAAAGUCUAGUGACUUUAGUCUUUCUAAUUUGUUGCGUCGUUGGAACCGAGAACAAUGAAGAUCUUUUCCAUGGACAAACAUCUAAACUUUCCAGCUACACGGUUGUAAAGCCUCAGCUUAUUCACAGGAGAUGGGCAAGAAAUGCCGACAGACUUCCUGAAUCGGGAAAGACUGAAGAACCUGAGGAACGUUCUUAUUCGUUGAUCAUUGACAACAAGGAACAUUUCCUCCGUCUUAAAAAUAACAAAGAGUUUUUAUCCAAAAGCUUUGUUCAGUUUUCCCAUGAAGCCAGUGGGAAUCUGACGCCUACAUAUCCUAAACCUGAUGUCCAUUGUUAUUACCAUGGUGAUGUGGAGGAUCAUGAAGAAUCUUUGGUCGCCCUCAGCACCUGCUCAGGUCUCAGGGGUGUCAUUCUCCUUGGCAACCAGAGUUAUGGGCUGGAACCAGUCAAGCAGUCGACAAACAACGAGCACCUCCUCUACCGCCUGGAGCACAGCCAAUCGGAGCCCUUUGUCUGUGGAGUGACCAAUGAGACGUCGCACACUGAGAGUCACUCGUCUUUCGACCCUUCCCUCUCGAUGACGGCACUUUUACGGAGAAAACGUAAUUUACCUCAGACCAGAUAUGUAGAGUUGGUGUUGGUUGCGGACUUUCUCAGGUAUACCUACAAGAAGAAGAACGAGACAGCGGUGCGAGAGGAGAUGGUGGAACUAGCCAAUCUGCUGGAUGGGUACUAUAAGAAGCUGAAUAUCCGCGUGGUGCUGGUAGGCCUGGAGAUCUUUAAGGACGCCAACCCCUUCAGCGUGGACGGCUCUGCAGGGGAAGUGUUGGGGCUGUUCGUCAAGUGGAGGAAGACGGAUCUGCUACCGCGGAUCAGGCACGAUGACGCACAGCUCAUUGUUGGUCUUGGGGGAGCGUAUGCGGGAGGCAUCCUGGGCAUGGCGUUCGUGGGCACAGUGUGUUCGAUGGCCACCGCUGGAGGAAUCAAUGUGUAUAGUGGUGACAAUCUGGGCUACGUCUCUACUGUAGUGGCCCACGAGAUGGGCCAUAACCUGGGCAUGAAUCAUGACGACAGCCGCUGCACCUGUAAUGGAGGGAGCUGUAUCAUGGCUGCCACGGCAACUGGAUCCACCCUCUUCAGUGACUGUAGUGCCUCUGACUUUGAGCGUCUGGUCCUGCGUGGAGGAGGGGUGUGUCUGUUGAACCAGCCCUCCCAGUCCAACAUCGUCUCCGUGGCUAAAUGUGGCAACGGCAUGUUAGAGGGAGGAGAGGACUGUGACUGUGGAACACCCCAGGAAUGUACCAAUAAGUGCUGUGACGCGGCCACCUGUAAGUUGACCUGGGGAUCGGCCUGCGCUCAGGGAGGCUGCUGCAAGGACUGCAAGAUCAGCGUGUCAGGGACACCGUGUAGGGGAUCUGUCAACACGUGUGACCUCCCAGAAUACUGCAACGGCUCAGCAUCCUUCUGUCCGUCUGACUUCUAUCUCAUGGAUGGCCUUCUCUGUGAGAACAGCGCGGCGUACUGUUACGAGGGCCGCUGCCAGACCUACGACUACCAAUGCAAACAUCUUUUUGAAACAGGUGCAAGCAAGGCAGCAGACAUCUGCUUUCAGACGGCUAAUCUAAAGGGGGAUACGUUUGGGAACUGUGGAAUGACCUCGUCGGGGAGCUAUGUGAAAUGUAGUUUGGCUAAUGCCAUGUGUGGGAAGGUACAGUGCACUAACGUAAACACCAACAACCCUCCUCCUGGAGGCUCCGUCAGUAACCAGAUCAUCGAUGGCUCUUCAUGUGUCAACGCAGACUUUAACCUGGGCUCUGAUGUUCUGGACCCUGCCUAUGUCAACCAGGGCAGCCCCUGCUCCAAGGGGAAGGCCUGCCUUGACUUCCAGUGUGUGAAUGCCUCAGCUCUACUUCCUGUGGACCUCCACUGUGAUGCCAACAGCACAUGUAACAGCCGGGGGGUGUGCAACAACCUGGGCCACUGCCACUGUAAUGACGGCUGGGGACCUCCUUACUGUGCCAAGUCAGGGAGAGGGGGCAGUGUGGACAGCGGGCCUGCACAGAUAGAUUAUUCCCUGAGGGACGGCCUGCUGAUCUUCUUCCUGCUGGUGGUUCCCAUCCUGGUGCUCCUGGUGUUAGUGCUGCUCUAUGUGUUUAGAAGGGAUACCCUGGAAAGAUGUCUCAAAGGACCACGCUCCAGACGCUCCAGGUCAGGGAACACAGCGAAUGGCCAAGCGAAUGGCAAUGUCCCGAAAACACCAACUCCACAGCCCCUGGCAACACAGGCCUCACCCCCUCAGCCAAUGCCUACAUAUCCACCAUCCUCUACCUCAGCACCCAGGUAUGGAGAAAACAACAAUUGGAACCGACCUCCUGCCACCCAGCCACCUCUGCCCCAGCAAGGACCAGGUGUUCCCAAACCUAUCCCUCCCAAGCAUUAACCCUAACCCUAACUGACCUCCUGCCACCCAGCCACCUCUGCCCCAGCAAGGACCAGGUGUUCCCAUCCCUCCCAAGCAUUAACCCUAACCAACCUCCUGCCACCCAGCCACCUCUGCCCCAGCAAGGACCAGGUGUUCCCAUCCCUCCCAAGCAUUAACCCUAACCAACCUCCUGCCACCCAGCCACCUCUGCCCCAGCAAGGACCAGGUGUUCCCAUCCCUCCCAAGCAUUAACCCUGACCCUAACCAACCUCCUGCCACCCAGCCACCUCUGCCCCAGCAAGGACCAGGUGUUCCCAUCCCUCCCAAGCAUUAACCCUGACCCUAACCAACCUCCUGCCACCCAGCCACCUCUGCCCCAGCAAGGACCAGGUGUUCCCAUCCCUCCCAAGCAUUAACCCUAACCAACCUCCUGCCACCUCUGCCCCAGCAAGGACCAGGUGUUCCCAAACCUAUCCCUCCCAAGCAUUAACCCUGACCCUAACCGACCUCCUGCCACCCAGCCGCCUCUGCCCCAGCAAGGACCAGGUGUUCCCAUCCCUCCCAAGCAUUAACCCUGACCCUAACCCUAACCAACCUCCUGCCACCCAGCCACCUCUGCCCCAGCAAGGACCAGGUGUUCCCAUCCCUCCCAAGCAUUAACCCUGACCCUAACCGACCUCCUGCCACCCAGCCGCCUCUGCCCCACCAAGGACCAGGUGUUCCCAUCCCUCCCAAGCAUUAACCCUGACACAAACACCCCUUCCAACAUAAUGGGGCUCUUCCCUUAUUCGUUAUUGUAAAUUGCAUAUUUGGAUUUUACUCACAUUGUUUGUUAGUUUGUCGGUAUCUCAACAACAAUAUUUAAACCAUUUUAUUGCAGGAACAUGAUUUGGUGAUAGGGACUUUUUAAGAUAUUGCUUUUUACAUUAUACUACAGAAAUGAAGGUAACAUGUUUUGUAAUAAAAGUAUACAUAUUGUUGAUAUUGUUAAGUUCCACAAAGGCUCAAUUUAUUUUAUGAGCUGUUUACAAGAUUUUUUAUAUAUUUAAAUGUUACUCCUAAUAAAUAUUGAAUAUAAGAUUUCUA